AUCCGGCGUCUCCUCAAAGAUACCUUCAGUAUAUCUCAAGACGCAGAUUUUAUUGUGCACCAGCCGGCGGAUCGUGAAGAUGUGUACUCGUACGAGUACGAAGAUGGCCCAGGCCCCAACACCCAGAAUCUGGCCUUUGAUCUCAAAAACGGAUUUAACACCCCCUGGAAUGCGAAAAUUCUCGAUAUUCUCCUUGAAGAAUUGAAAAAGAGGAGUGUAGAAGAGGAGUGGCCGUUCCGGAGGUCGGAUGCCUAUUAUAAGGCAAUACUCGAAGAUCGCUACAAGCGGAUGCGGAUGGUCUGGAGAGCAGCCCAACCAAAGACGCUGGGAGACGGGGGUAUGAGUUCAGAAGAAAGUGAUAUCGAAAACGACGUCGAAUGUGUGCUCCGGGUCAAGAACAUGGCAUGGCGUCGCGGGAUAGAGCGAGAACUGAAUAUCAUCGAUAAUCAGAGAGUCUUGGAUGAUGAAAUUUUC